ACCAGCGAAGAUUAAAACAGAGCCAAGACCAGUGGUGGAAUACAUACGUGUUGAUAAUUGCCACUAACGUCUUGGUAUCGGCAACGAAGCAUGGUGUCGUCAAUUGUCUGUCUCUGGGUCUCGGUAGCGACGAGUCUUGGCCCGGUUGAGCUCCUGGGCUAUCGCACCACCAAGUUCAACAGGGACCUGCAUCAACUUGUACGCUUUCCGUAUGGUUCGACUGCACUGAGGCUAGUCUAUCGGAAAAACAGUUCGGAAACAGGAACAGUAAACAAAGUGGUGCAGAUCUGUCGCUGCUCCAGACUCCAGCUAUUACCAAGCAGCACGGCCUCGACCGCCCCGGAUCACAGAUCGUUUAACUAAGCGCGAUGAUCAUGAUACGCAUUGCGGCGUUGACCUUGUGCAAUAUCGCCCACUCUCCAUUCAAGUUGUUCAA